UUUGUGACAUAACCUAGAACCCGGUGCACAAAAUCACGUUUCGCGAUUCUUCAUAGAACAGUGAGAAUCUUCGAGAAGUGUGAGUUCGAAGUCUUCUGCGAAGUCUGUUUUAUCAUUCCAGUUUAACUUCACUUAAAAAAUGUUGCGUCUGCCUCGUGUUGUUCGUCAAAGCGUCUCCUUACAAAAAUCGCACCAACUUUCAAGAUUUUAUGCCAAAGAUGUAAGAUUCGGUGCUGAUGUAAGAGCUCUCAUGCUCCAGGGUGUGGACGUCUUAGCCGAUGCGGUUGCAGUCACAAUGGGCCCUAAAGGCCGAAACGUGAUUCUGGAGCAAUCGUGGGGCUCACCAAAGAUAACCAAAGACGGCGUAACAGUUGCCAAGGGAAUAGAAUUAAAAGACAAAUUCCAGAACAUUGGAGCUAAGUUAGUACAAAAUGUUGCAAACAACACAAACGAAGAAGCCGGUGAUGGAACCACAACAGCUACAGUACUUGCCAGAGCUAUUGCAAAGGAAGGUUUCGAGAAGAUUUCGAAAGGCGCUAAUCCGAUCGAGAUUCGCCGCGGCGUAAUGAUGGCCGUAGAUGCCGUUAAAGACAAAUUGAAGGGUAUGUCCAAGCCUGUUACGACACCAGAAGAGAUCGCGCAGGUAGCCACCAUCUCUGCUAACGGUGAUAUUGCCAUUGGCCAGCUCAUCGCCGAUGCCAUGAAGAAGGUUGGACGCGACGGGGUUAUCACAGUUAAAGACGGUAAAACACUCUCCGACGAAUUGGAAGUAAUUGAAGGUAUGAAAUUCGAUAGAGGUUACAUUUCACCAUAUUUCAUCAACUCUUCAAAGGGUGCAAAGGUUGAAUUCCAAGAUGCGCUCAUUUUAUUCUCUGAGAAGAAGAUCAGCAAUGUACAAACAAUCAUUCCUGCUUUGGAGUUGGCUAACCAACAGAGAAAGCCCUUGGUUAUUGUUGCCGAAGAUGUUGAUGGUGAGGCUCUUUCCACAUUGGUUGUAAACAGAUUAAAGAUUGGUCUACAGGUAGCUGCCGUGAAAGCCCCAGGCUUCGGUGACAACAGGAAGGCUACACUCAGUGACAUGGCCAUUGCUGCUGGCGGUGUUGUUUUCGGUGAUGAUGCUAACCUGAUCAAACUUGAAGAUGUACAGUUAUCAGACCUUGGCCAAGUAGGUGAGGUUGUCAUCACAAAAGACGACACACUGUUCUUGAAGGGCAAAGGUAAGAAAUCUGACAUUGACAGGAGAGCAGAGCAAAUCCGUGAUCAAAUCCAAGAAACCACCUCUGAAUAUGAGAAGGAGAAGCUCCAGGAGCGUCUUGCCAGGCUAGCAUCUGGAGUUGCUGUUCUUCACGUUGGUGGUUCCAGUGAAGUGGAGGUAAAUGAGAAGAAAGACAGGGUUAAUGAUGCUUUAAAUGCAACCAGAGCAGCUGUUGAAGAAGGUAUUGUUCCUGGAGGUGGUUCAGCCCUUCUCAGAUGUAUCCCAAUGCUGAAUGAACUGAAAACAAAUAACACCGACCAGACCACCGGUGUAGAAAUCAUCAAGAAAGCUUUAAGAAUGCCGUGCAUGACCAUCGCCCGUAAUGCUGGUAUCGAUGGCUCCGUUGUUGUUGCUAAAGUAGAAGAGCUUGGACCUGAAUUUGGAUAUGAUGCCCUGAACAAUGAGUAUGUGAACAUGAUUGAGAAGGGAAUCAUUGACCCCACGAAGGUUGUGAGGACAGCUCUGACAGAUGCCAGUGGUGUUGCCUCGCUCUUGACAACAGCAGAGGCUGUCAUUUGUGAUAUUCCACAAGAGAAGGAACCAAACCCCAUGGCAGGAAUGGGUGGUAUGGGUGGAAUGGGAGGCAUGGGUGGUAUGAUGUAAGCCGUCUAUAGCAUUUGCAAUUGCAUUUAAUAAUAAAGGACAAUUUUCUCCUAAGGUUGCAAUGAAUGAGUUAUGCAAUUUAUAUGUGCAGUGAAUGAAUAUAUUUUUUAUUGAGUCUGAUUGUGUUAGAUUAGAAAGACAUCCGUCUUAGAAUUAUUUAGUUUAAUGUUUGCUUCAGUGGAGCAAGGUGUUAUUUUUAAAAUACAUAAUGUUGUUAAA